AUGGAUAAUGCUUCAACUAAUGAUGUUGUUGCUAGAUGCUUGCAAGAGCAUUAUUCAUUUAGAGGUGUAUUAUUGGUAAAUGGGAGCAAUAUUCAAGUUCGUUGUUGGAAUCAUGUUCUUAAUUUGAUUGUUCAAGAAGGAUUGGAUGAGAUUAAUGAUUGUAUUCAUAUGGUUAGGAAUGCAGUUAAAUAUGUUAGAGGAUCUGCUAAGAGAAAACUUGAGUUUCUACACUAUGCUGACCAGGAAUGUAUUUCUAGAGGCAAAAUGUUAUCUCUAGAUAUAUGUACAAGGUGGAACUCAACAUAUUUAAUGCUUGAAUCUGCAUUACAUUAUAGGAGAGCUUAUGAUCGUAUGAAAACUCGUGAUUUGAACUUCAAGGAUCCUCCAUUGGCUGAUGAUUGGGAAAAAGCUCGGAUUGUUCAUGAUUUUCUAGAAACUUUUUAUACUGUCACAAAAAUUUUCUCUGGCAGCAAAUAUUGCACAGCUAAUGUGUUUCUUCGUGUAAUCUACCAUGUGUUCAUGUUAUUAAGGGAAACUUCUAUAGAGAACAGUCCACUUCUUGGAAGCAUGGCAUCGAACAUGUUGGUGAAAAUUGAGAAAUAUUGGUUAGAAAAAGAGCCAAAUAUCUUGCUAUCUGUUGCUUUUGUUUUAGAUCCCAGGUUUAAAAUGAGAAAAUUGAAGACCAUCUUUAGCAAGAUUUAUGAGAGCUAUUUAGCACCAUAUAUGUUAGAUCGUGUUCACACAACACUUCAGGAUCUUUUCAUCGAGUAUGUAAAGGUUUAUGAAGUGAGUUGUUAG